AUGAUGCAUCCUCAAGUCCUCCUAUCAGGCCUUUUACUCCUUCUCCCAGCUGCUGUGCAUUGUUUCCCAGAAGUGCGCGGAGUGGUGGGUCACCCUGUGAAACUGCCAUGUACUUAUCCAGUCUCUAAUGGGAUCUCAUCCAUGUGUUGGGGCCGAGGGGAAUGCGGGGAUACAUGUGGACAAACACUUAUCUGGGCUGAUGGACACAAGAUCUACUAUCAGACAAACAAUCGCUACCAGUUGAAGGGACAGCUUCUUGGAGGGGAUGUGUCCUUGACAAUAGAGAAUACCACUGAGAGUGACAGUGGUCUCUACUGCUGUCGAGUGGAAAUGAAGGGCCCGAAUGGUGUACAGAGACUGACCGUCUCAUUGCAAGUUCAGCCAGAUAACUCUAAGGAAGAUGUGAUCUCAGUCACUGUGUGUGGAAGUAUGAGAGAUGCUUUGUAUUCUCUCUGA